AUGGCUCGUUCUCUCUGUCACGCUAAGAUCCUCUCCGUCUUCGUCAAGGAAGAGCUCUCCAACGCCAUCUUCAGACGAGGGUUUGCCAUCGCAGCCAAUACGGCGUCGCAGGGGAGCGUUUCGAGCGCUGAAACCGCUUCUGCAGCGGUGAUGAAGAAGAAAGUCGGGCAAGAGUCAACCGAGAAGGCGCCGUGGGUCCCAGAUCCUAAGACUGGUUACUACAGACCGGAGACCGUUUCUGAGGAGAUUGAUCCGGCGGAGCUACGAGCUGUUCUCUUGAACAACAAGCAAUAA